AACCAAAGAAACUUGUCCUAAGAAAAACAUAAUCUCUCUCUUCUCUUCUGUUCUAUUUUCUUUCACUCAAAAAAAAAAAAAAAGUCUCUUUCUCACUCUACUGUAUCUUAUUGGACAGAGAGUUGCCUAGAGAGAGAAAGCAAAGUCAUCAUCCUCAGAAAAAGAAAGAAAAGAUUUGCCAUUUGAGUGCAAAAACCAUAUUGUCAUUCUUAGGGUUAUCUUCAAACUUAAAGAAAUAAAUCCCCCUCAAAGAAAAAAAAAAAGGAACCCAUAAAGUUGAACUCUUUAACUUACUCAAAUGAAUGUAAAGCAACCCAAAUGCAGGUACCCAUUUGAGAGUUGAUUAUCAGGACCCGAUUCCCCACUCCAAGAUCUCACAUUUUUUUCUUUCCUUUUUAUAUACGAAUCUUCUUUGUUGCUUUGAAGUCUUAUUAUUGAAGUAUUGAUUUUGACAACACUCACCAGCAGCAGCUUCUAGCUCUGCUAAGAAGUCUACUUUGCUUAUGUGAAGGGUUAACCUAGGGAAAUUUGUAAAUAUUAUAGAGGGAAGAUGAAGUCUGACAUGCCUAUUGAUUAUGCGGUCUUCCAGUUGUCACCAAAGCGCUCACGAUGUGAAUUGUUUGUUUCGAGCAACGGAAACAUGGAGAAGCUUGCUUCUGGGUUGGUAAAGCCAUUUGUUACUCAUUUAAAGGUGGCAGAAGAACAGGUUGCACUGUCACUUCAAUCAAUUAAGCUUGAAGUAGAAAAACGUAAAGAUGCCAAGACUUGGUUCACAAAAGGAACCGUUGAGAGGUUUGUCCGGUUUGUUAGUACACCAGAGGUUUUAGAGUUGGUGAACACAUUCGAUGCAGAGAUGUCUCAGUUGGAAGCGGCUCGAAGGAUAUAUUCUCAGGGGGCAGGAGAUCAGCCUUCUGGUGCAUCAGGUGGGGAUGCUGCAGGAAUGACAGCAGCUGCUGAUGCGACAAAGAAGGAGCUUUUAAGAGCUAUUGAUGUACGUCUUAUUGCAGUUCAGCAGGACUUGGCAACAGCUUUUGCACGUGCAUCUUCUGCUGGUUUUAACUCUGACACUGUCUCUGAACUCCAACAAUUUGCAGAUUGGUUUGGUGCUCAUCGCUUGAAUGAGGCUUGUACCAAAUUCAUGUCACUAUGCCAGAGAAGACCAGAACUGAUUUGUCGGUGGAAACCAAGUCUUGAUGAUCAAGUGGUCAGAGCAUCAUGGGGAUCUGACAUGUCAAUCGAUGACCCCGAUGAAGACCAAGUUGGGUCCAAUGUUAAUAGCAGGCCCCACCAGCCUUCCCAAAAUAGACACCAAGAACAACAACAAUCAAACACUAUGCAGACCCAGCAUCAUAUAGGCCAAUCAAAGUCAGCCACAUCUCAACAACCAAAGCUCUCGAGUGCUACACAACAACAUUCUGAAAGUGAAAAGAGGGAAGAAGAGAAGAAAGAGGAGGGGAGGUUUGAGUCAUCGCCUAGCCAAAUCAGUCAACCUGCCAGGAGGCUUAGUGUGCAGGAUAGAAUCAAUCUCUUUGAGAACAAACAGAAGGAAAGCUCAAGUUCUGGAGGCAAACCAACUGCUGUUGGAAAAUCUGUUGAACUGAAAAGACUUCCAUCUGAUGUAUCAGCUGCAGCAGCAGUUGCUGAAAAGGCUGUCUUAAGAAGAUGGAGCGGUGCAAGUGACAUGAGCAUUGACUUGGGUAAUGACAAGAAGGAUAAUACGGAUAGCCCUUUGUGUACUCCAUCCUCAUCUUCUGUGUCCCAAGGUAAAAACUACAUGUUUCAAGGUUUGUCCGAGGAUAAGGAGCGAAAAGAUGAGAAGGGUUUGAGUGACAAGGUAAGUUCAGUUAAAGUUGAACCUAAGAGUGUUUCUGGUAGAGCUGCUGAUUCUGGGUUGAAAGAUCAGGAUGGAGUGCAAGCACAGAUAGCUAAUAAUCUUUUGGGGAAAGAAGAGGAUCUGGUGUCGAAGGGGCGAAUGAAUUUGAAGGAUCAAUCGGGAUCACAGAACAGGUAUUAUCAGUCUUUUACAAGUAAGUCAGAACAGGCUGAGUUGGGUGAUCAAGUGGUUUCUCAGGAAAAGGUUAAGGGUUCUUUAACCAGAGAGAGGGGAGUUUCAGAUGUGCAGUCUCAAGUAGUUCCUGAUAGGACUGCGAUUGUGGGGGUUAAAAACCAACCCGCUUAUCGGUUCCAGGAUGGAGUUUUUGUAGAUGCAGUGGGGGAUGCCACACCUGAAGGUGAAUUAAAGAAAAGAGUGGAGCUUCAAGGGAAAGACCAAUCAGUGUCACAAUUGCAAUUUAGGACUAAAGGCCACUCCCGAACAUUAUCAGGGCAGUUUCAAGGUGGUAUUGGACUAAAAACUAAGGAGGCUCAGUAUAAAGGUAGUGAAGGCGAGCAGUUCGCUCCUCAGCAGCACUGGAGAUCUUUUACUGGGGAAGUUGAGGAAGUGAGAAAGAAAGACUUAGCAUCAUCUGAGAAGCAAAUAAGUAAAGUUGAAGAUUCUGGAGUCCAUGAAAUGAAGUUCAAGAAACAGGUUCUAGUUGGUUCUGAAUGGAGCAACAAGUCACAGGGUAGGAGGGGUGAAGGUGAUUCUGUUUAUGCAAAUAACAAGCCUGUUCUUGGAAAAAUGGUUCCUCAGGGUGAAGAGAGUUUAAGUGCCCCAACGGUGCCAGUAGAUCAAACUCAGAGGAUAAGGCAGUCAAGGGGAAACCAGGAGCUGAAUGAUGAGUUAAAUGAACUUGAAAAACUUUUUGCAGAGCACAAACUUCGGGUUCCCCCUGAUCAUUUCAGUUCUGCUAGGAGAAGCAAGCCUGCUGAUGUCCAGAUUGAACCAGAACCAAGCCCAGCAUGCAAAAAACCAGCAGCAGUAGAUGUAUCUCCCGUACAUAUGCCUGACAAAAACUUGAUUUCUGAACCAAUGGGGAGUUUGAGUAAUAUGGCUGUCUUUUGUACUCCUUCGACAAAGAUGGUAGAUAACCAAGAUUUUUCUGGUAGUUUGAGGCGGAGUUUCUCUGGUAACAGCUUUUCCGAUGAUUCUAGAGGAAAAUUUUAUGAGAAGUACAUGCAAAAGAGAGAUGCAAAGCUGAUGGAAGAAUGGGGUUCUAAACGGGCUGAGAAGGAAGCCAAAUUGAAAGCUAUGCAGGAUAUCCUUGAGCGAAGUAGAGCUGAGAUGAAGGCCAAAUUUUCUGGUUCUGCUGAGAGACAGGAUUCUUUGUCCAAUGCUCGUCGACGAGCAGAGAAAGUGAGGUCAUUCAAUUUUCGGUCACAGAGGGGGCAGCAUCCAAUAAGUUUAAUUCAGAGUGAAGAUGAUCUUUCUGAGUUUUCAGAUCAGAAGUACUACAAACAUGAUAGAUCAUAUAAUGACACAUCUCUAGUCGAUGGUUCUUCUAGGAGCUCCAACACUAAGAAGCAUUUUCCAAAUAAAAAUGUAUCUUUAUCCACUCCUCGUACCACAGCAGCUGCAGUUCCCCGCUCAGGGGCCAAAGUUUCUAUCCCCAGUUCUGGAAGGCGAAGAGUGCAAUCUGAAAAUCCUCUCACACAAUCAGUUCCCAACUUCUCUGAUCUCAGAAAAGAAAAUACAAAGCCCUCUUCUGGAGCUAGCAAGACAACUAGCUCCCCCCAAGUGAGAAACUAUGCUCGGAGCAAGAGUACCAACGAAGAGAUUGCACUCGGCAAGGAUGACCAACCUAGACAAUCUCGGUCCCUUAGAAAAAGCUCUGCUGGUCCUGUGGAAUUUUCGGAUUUGUCUGCCAUGCCCUCUGACAGCAUUGUUUUGGCAUCUUUGAAAUUUGAUAAAGAGCAGAUGGGACAGAGCUUGAAUGACAAAAUUUUGAAGAAUGCAGAAGCAAAGCCUUUUAUCAGGAAAGGUAAUGGCAUAGUUCCUGGUGCUGGAGUAAAUUUUGCAAAGUUCAAAGCAUCAGAGACUUCUGAGACUCCAAACGAUGAAGACUCUGAUGAUGAGCUAGCAUUUGAAGCAGAUGAUUCCAUGGAUAUGGCAAAAGGAGAUGAAGAGGAUAUGCUUGAAAUUGGAGAAGUUGAUGAUUCUGUUGACAUCGAAAACGGAACGGCAAGACUGAGCCAGGAAUUUGACAAGUUGGAUAAUUCUGAAUCAGAGAAUGGUGAUUCCUUGAUGUCUCUUUCUCAGGUUGACCUUACAUCAGUUGCUGAACUGCCUGCUGCAGUACCCUCUACAUUCCAUCCUGCAGUAUCCCUGCAGGAUUCACCAGGAGAAAGCCCUGCAUCAUGGAAUUCAUGCAUGCAUCAUCCAUUUUCUUAUCCCCAUGAGACUUCAGAUAUUGACGCUUCUAUGGAUUCCCCCAUUGGGAGCCCUACAUCUUGGAAUUCUCACUCACUUGCCCAAACAGAAGUGGAUGAAGCUCGAAUGAGGAAGAAAUGGGGAAGUGCUCAGAAACCUUUUCAUGUAGCUCAUGUAACCCAAAAUCAGUCACGCAAGGAUGUGACAAAAGGGAUCAAAAGGUUAUUGAAGUUUGGACGGAAAAGCCGUGGGACCGACAGUUUGGUGGACUGGAUCUCAGCUACGACUUCUGAAGGAGAUGAUGACAUAGAGGAUGGCAGAGAUCCUGCCAAUCGAUCAUCAGAAGACUUGAGGAAGUCAAGAAUGGGAUUUUCGCAAGGCCACCCUUCUGAUGAUGGUUUCAAUGAUAGUGAGUUGUUCAAUGAUCAGGUUCAAGCCUUACGCACUUCUAUUCCAGCACCACCCGCAAACUUCAAAUUAAGGGAAGAUCAUGUGUCAGGAAGCUCCAUAAAAGCACCCCGUUCAUUCUUUUCACUCUCAACAUUUCGAAGCAAAGGUAGUGAUUCCAAGCCUAGAUGAAUUUCUUCCUAGGAAGGUCUAGGUCAAUGCUCGGAAUCAUCUUAAAACAGUAAGGUGUAAAGGAAUAUCAUACGAGACAAAUGCUCGGGGCAGGCAUGAUAUACUGAAUGGUAUCACAUAAAAAAUGGGACUUGUAAAUUUUCAAUUCAUAGAGUCUUGAGUCCUUCCUCCUGAUCUGGUAAGUAAAUUUCCUAUAGUUGGUUGAGAUUUGAUUAUAUAUUGCAUCGAGCAAGAAAUCACCUAUUGGCUUAGAAGUCACUUUGGUUUUGGUAGUCCACAGGCAUUCUUUUUAUCCAUUUCAUUUGCUCUUUGCCUUAUGAAGUAUAUCAAAAGUUGAACUGUGUUAGAACCAGAGGUAUUUUGACAAUGUGAAUAAACAGAAAAAAAGGAAUUACUUUUUAUCUCAGUAGCAAUUUGUACUA